AUGGAGAAACGUACCCUUCGCUCCAGCACCCGCGCUGCCGCUGCUGCUGCCGCCGCUGCUCAAGCCACGACCCCAACCGAGGAUGCCUCUGAGUCGCAGCACCCUGAACCCGAAUCCGAACACGAACACGAACACGACAAGAACACGGACGAGGGAUCCGCUGCCGCGGGAAACAAGGCUUCAUUGGCGCGCCACAAAGCCCUUUACAAGUCCAACCCGCUCUCAACCGAGACUGCAAAGGAGGGCGUGAACCGGCGAAUCAAGGAGGAUGCACAGCUGAGGAAGCAGCGACGAGAGGAGUUGGUGAGCGCAAAGAGGUUCAAGCGAUCCAAGGACACCGAGGAACCAACUGGAGAUGAGGGGGCAGAGUUGGGAAAGGAUCAACUCGACAGCCUCCAAGCGUUGCUCAAGAACGGCAAGAAGGAUGACAAGACGGAGGCCUUGAAGACGCUGAGCGAUUACUUGACAACGUACAGUGAUUCCGAAGUCCUACAGGUCAUGGUCUCAAGCCAAGAGUUUCUGACCAUGCUUGAUGGCAUCUUGACCGGAACGGAUGCAGAGGAGCAGCUGCUGGCGACGUCGGUCGUGACCAACAUGGCCGCCGGCGGAUCUGCAGAACUGUGCGAGGCUGCAUUAAAUACAGCUCCUCAUUUGAUCCAGUUCUUGGACAGCCAGAACGUCGCCCUUGUGGACCAGUCUGCAUGGGCGCUCGGUAAUAUUGCCGCAGAAGGUCCUCAGUUCCGGGAUCGGUUGAAGGACAAUGGCGUCUUACCCCCCCUGAUCAAGCUGUUGGAGUCCAAAGAUUUGAAUCUGGUGCAGACUACCUGCUUUGCGCUUUCAAACCUUGCUCGUGGUGAAGGCUCCAAGCACGAAGAUCUUGUCAAGGCCGGACUACUCCCACCACUGCUGCACCACCUCCGUGUUGAUACUGAACCGGCAGUUAUCUCAGAGGCUGCAUGGGUAGUCGUCUAUCUGACAUCUGGACCUGAUAACGUGAGCACACAGCUACUAGAGCACAGAUUGAUACCCUUGUUGGUCGAGCCGCUUAAGGACUUUAUCGGCCUGAAGGCCUCUGCGAUUCCGUUGAUUCGUGCGCUGGGCAACAUUGCCAGUGGACCGGAUAAUAACACUUCAGCGUUGAUUCACGAGCCUGGCUUCCUGACCUCAAUGCUCCAGUUUAUUCAGUCCGACUGCAGACCGGUCAAGAAAGAGAGUCUUUGGCUGAUGUCGAACAUCACGGCAGAACAUGUGGGCACCGACCUGGUGAAGGUCAUCGAGGCUGGGUUUAUUCCUGUCUUGUCAAAGAUCGUUACUCACGAGAACUUUGAUAUCCGCAAAGAGGCUGCGUACAGCUUGAUCAAUCUGGCCUCGCACGGCCCCGACUACGCCAAAGUUCUGCCGCACCGCGAACUCCUUCCUGGGUUCCUGGACUUUCUGCGCACCAAGGAUCAUGAGCUCAUUUCACUCGGCCUGCGCUAUGUCCAGUUGCUGCUCAACUCUGGCAUCCCCGAUGCACCUGGCCUGCUCUCUGAGAUGAACGGUGUCGACGCUCUCGAGGCCGUCAUCUUCUCGGACGACCGCGAUCAGCACCGAUUGGCCUCACUGCUCAUGGACACCUUCUUUGGAGAGAAUAACGAUGGCUCAAGGGUGCCGACUCCCAUCCCCGGUACGCCCGACCCAAACGGUUCCUCGGGCAAUCCUCACUCUCUCGGCGAUGGAAGCAACCUCCCUCCACAGUAUCUGAAGCGCGCCAGCCUUUCCGCAGCGAUUUGAUUUUCAAGUGCCUCUGUUCAAGUCCUUACAUUGUAAAUAGUCUUUAUGUUGUAAUCAAGUUGACCUUGACAACCUUCCCUUUUUUCAU